AUUAAAUAACAUAGUUACUGUAUUACGUAACUAACGAUAACCAGCUACGUUUAUAAUUAUAUUGUUACAAUUUUUAAAUGCGUAGGUAUAGGCCGUAGAGAACUUAUACCUGCAUUUACAAAAUCGGAAUGAAACCUCUCGUUUUCUGCGGCUGGAAACGGCCAAGGGGUUGUGCAACUGAUCUGAUCUCUUUUUUCCAAAACCCAGAUCUGCCAAUGAUCCCCGCCUUCAAACCCAGAUCCGUUCUCCCAUCUGCUCCCUUUCUUUCCAGUGGCUGUGGCCGGCUGGUGAUGAUCAGUGAAGAUGAUGAGAUCGAAAAGAUGAUCGUUGAAGACGGUGAGAUGAGAUGAAAAAACACGGGGAUCUACAAUUGGGGGUACGGUUGGAGAACAUAAUUUUAUUUUAUUUUUUUCUGUGUGGCUGCCUGCCCCCCCUUCAAAAAAUAAAAGGGCUUGGUUUAG